ACAUACUAUGUUUGUCGUUCUUCCCCGGUGACCUAGUUAACAUAAUAUUCACUGCUUGUCAAUAUUCAAUGGUUACGAAUUCUGAGGACAUUCUCGCACAACCUCCGCAAGCAGACAAGGACGACUCAUCUUUGAGCGCUCAUCUCUGGUUUCCAGAGCCCGAAGCUCAAGAACGAGUUAUUGCUACACCUCAAGCAUCGGGUUCAUCUUCGCAAUUAAGGGAUCGCUUGUAUAUUGGAAAUCUGCAUCCUACUGUCGAUGAAUAUGCGCUUCUACAGGUCUUCACCAAGUUCGGCAAAGUAUCGAAACUCGACUUCCUCUUUCACAAGACGGGGCCAAACAAAGGAAGGCCACGAGGAUAUGCCUUUAUACAGUAUUUGCACGAAGGUGAUGCUCAGACGGCAUUGGAAAACAUCAAUGGAAAGCUACUUCGGGGCCGUAAGCUGGCAGUCACUUUUGCACAUCAAGCUCCACUCGAACAACCCAGCGGAAGUCGACAGGUGGGAAGGGCAAGAAGAAUUGAUCCGCGGCCGACUACCUUGAGUAUGAUAAAAAGUGGAAUUCAUACUCGGUCAGAAGGCACAGAUAACAAAAUUGCUAUGAUGGAGGCGAAGUUACGCCAGAUGGAAUCAAGUACUGCCAAUCCGUUUAAAUCAUUACCACCAAAACCACCGCCAUCGGCCGUGUCAUCGAGUUCGGCCUCAAGGCACUGUUUUGGUAUAGGGGGUUCUCUCUUUUCCAGAAAUCCGGCAGGUCCAACCGUUCGGCGUCCUACAGCCCGUGCAGAACCUACUACCCUUUCUGCGGACGCCGAUACCACACAUUCAGCAUCACUACCGAUACUUAAUACUCAACCGGAGACCGUCAAGUCAUCCAUGUCCUGUAAACGCAUAAUACCUGGUGUGAAGAUCAUCAAAGAACGUAGUAAAUGAAGACCUGUGCAGCUGAUACUUGUCGCUGAGAUCGCUCUGAUGUUAUAAAGCUUUUCUCGCGAGAUUCUAGCGCACUUCCGAGUUGUCCUGAUGUAGUCCUGUAUGGAAUAUACUGGUUCGAGAGUGCUGAAGUUCUCAUGGAUGUGUUCCGCAAUGACACUUUACGCUCCGACCUUCUUCACUGUCCAACAUGAGAAAAGUGAGGUCAUUUCUCACUUGAAUUGUGCAUUGAUCCAGUGCAUGAAUAUUUUGCAACUUCCCCAUGCCGAUAGCCGAACCAGUUUGGAGAACCAACGGCAAUCACACGGUUCAGUUUGUUCCGAUAUCUCACCUAACAGUGAACGGCUGUCGUUGGCUACGAGUUGGGUACUGACUGAUGUACGGAACGCGUUCGCAAUCAAAAUACAGUGGCAAUGCCAUCUGGAAUAUGGAGUCCCGAGUCAUGGC